AUGCCACCAGCGCUGCGAUCUGCAUUGCGGGCUCCAUUGCGUCAGCUUUGGAGACGUCAGCAUGCUACAACACCAACCCGGAGCUGCUCGUGCUCUUCGCCGCACCAGUUCCAAGCUUCGAUAAAGCACUCCUCGUCCGAUGUCGAGCUCAAUCCCACAGCUACGGCUGCCGAGCCACCAACACCCGCGCUCGACCAUCGCACGCUCGCAGCGACACACAAUCUUUUCGUGACGUCGCCAUACAGCCCCGGUUCGCCGCUCAUCCUCCCCAAUGGUGCCUAUGUCUUCCAGAAGUUACAGGCUUUCCUCCGCGCGCAAUAUCCACAGUUUGGCUUUCAAGAGGUCAUCACACCCAUAAUAUACAAGAAGUCGCUCUGGGAGAAGUCUGGUCACUGGCAGAACUAUGCCGAGGACAUGUUCAGUGUGGAGGGAAGAGACAAGAAGGGCGAGGACGAGGAAGAGUUUGGGCUGAAGCCCAUGAACUGCCCCGGCCAUUGCUUGCUGUUCAGCACCGACAUCAAGAGUUACCGUGAUCUUCCUGUCCGCCUGGCAGAUUUCAGCGCGUUGCACAGAAAUGAGAUCUCAGGAUCGCUGACUGGCUUGACGAGGGUGCGAAGAUUCCACCAGGACGAUGCGCACAUCUUCUGCCGCCAAGACCAGAUCUUAACCGAGAUCGAGCAGACGCUGAAGUUUGUUGGCAUGGUGUACGAGACCUUCGGUUUGGGUCCGUACAAGCUGCUCCUGUCGACACGCCCAAAGGACAGUUUUAUCGGCAGCGUUGAAGAAUGGGAUAAAGCUGAGGCACAGCUCACUACUGCGCUAAACAACAUUGGUGGCGAAUGGGCCAUUAACGAAGGCGAUGGCGCAUUCUACGGCCCUAAGAUCGACAUUAUCUUGAAAGACUCGAACGGCAAGGAGCACCAGACUGCGACCAUCCAGCUUGACUUCCAGCUGCCACAGCGUUUUGAUUUGCAGUACCAGGCCUCGCCAGAGGAACUGGAGACAGGCUCGACAUCGUCGAUGGACGUUGGCCUCGACUCAGCCUACCGUCGUCCGGUCAUUGUUCACCGUGCUAUAUACGGUUCGAUCGAGCGCUUCAUGGCCCUACUGAUCGAGCACUAUGCGGGCAGAUAUCCCUUUUGGCUUUCUCCGCGACCAGCCAUAGUUUUGUCGCUCAACUCGGACCCUGCUGUUCUGCAACACGUCUCUCGCAUACAGUCUGUACUUUCGGGAGUACAAUCUCACGAAAUGCCGGUGCCCGAUCCCUCCUCAGCACCGAAACCUCUGCCGCUCUCGAACAUCCACUUGCCAAUCGACGUCGACACGACCAAUCGGCCACUUGGCAAGAAAAUCGCCGAUGCAAGGAGCAAGAAAUACAACCACAUCAUUGUGGUGGGCAAUAGAGACGUCGAAAGCGGUGGCAUGAACAUGCAGAUUGUGAACCAGCCUGGCGAGGAAACAGCCAUACGCGUGCUGGAGGAGGCUUUGGGGCGACAACUUACAGAAACAGACAAGUCCAAGAAGCAAACCAGCAUCGGCUUGGUUGGUGCGAGGAAAUAUUUUGAGAAUCUAGUCACCUCUUAUUUGUAG